AUGGCUUGCCCUUCAUCAUCAAUGGCAAUGGGGGAAAAUGGGGAAGAUGAAGUCAUCCAUGUGUUGGCUGUUGAUGACGAUCCAGUUAACCUUAUCAUCCUUGAGAAAUUGCUCAAGGCCUCUUCUUGCAAAGUAACUGCUGCAGAAAAUGGGAUGAGAGCUUUGGAGUACCUAGGGUUAUUGGGAGAUGAUGAUCAACACAACACUCCAAACACCAAUGUCCCAAGGAUAGAUUUGAUAAUAACAGAUUACUCCAUGCCAGGAAUCAAUGGCUACCAGCUUCUCAAGAAAGUUAAGGAAUCAGCAAUGCUUAAGGAUGUCCCAGUUGUGGUAAUGUCAUCAGAGAAUGUUCCAAGUAUUAUCAACCAAUGCUUGGAAGAAGGAGCUCUUAAGUUCAUGCCAAAGCCUCUCAAUCGCUCUGAUGUGAAGCACUUAAUAUCUCAGUUACCUUAA